AUGGACGACACUUUGUCCGCAGAGUUCAGUGAAUAUGCCAGCACAAUUCAGGAGUUACUACGCAUCAGUGGCGUACCGAACCUUUCUUUCGGGGUCUUCCACAAUGGAGUGAACAUUUACAGCCACCACGCGGGGCAGGAUGGAGUCCAGACCGAGUAUGAUGAUGGCGACAAGAGUCUCACGAGACCUCAGCUUCCCAAUGACGACACUGUGUAUCCGGUCUCAUGCCUUUCCAGUCUCUUCCUCCAUUGUACCAUAAUGCGCUUCAUUAAGGAAGGCGUCCUCAACAUGGAUACGCCAAUCCGCGAAUAUAUUCGUGCAUUCGAGGAACGCGACGACGACAUCGGACAACGAGCUACACUUCGCGAUCUGUUGACGCAUAAAUCUGGAUUUCCAACAGACAAGCUCUGGUGGCAAAGUACGAAGGCGUCCAAAACAGAAAUUAUGCAGGUUGCAGUACACUUGGCAAAUGUAUCGGAUUUCAGGAUGCAGAAGAACUACUCCAAAUGGAACGAUUUUGUCGUACAGACUAUUGUUGAGACCGUAACAGGCCGCGAGUAUGAAGAAAUUGUCGAAGAGCUUUUCAAAACACCCCUUGGAAUCAGUAGCAAGGCGCCAUCUGUAUUGGACGAGCCUAACGUUGCUUAUGCCCACGAGGUAUUGGGUGACGGCCGCAUCAAGCCAGUAGAUCAGGAUCCCAUCACGCGCGAUGAAUGCUUACCAAUGCACACAAUGAAGCACUCAUUAUUUCAGUCUGUUCAUGCCCUCCGCCAACUUGUUACUGCAUACGACCGCCAACAUUGGAACGGGACAGGAUUCACACCAGGAAAUCUGUUCGUUCGUGUUGAAAACGUUUUCAGCAUGAUGACAGACGCACUACAACCCGGUAAACCUAUCCAUGUCACGGAGCACUCAGACGGGUGCCAGGCUGGGUUCAUCAUUAUCCCCGAAACGCGCAGCGGGGUCAUCUGCAUGAGCAACGCAACAUCAGCUAUCGGCUUGUGUAACAUUGUUGGCCACCAGUUAGUCGACAUGUUGACAGGGGAUCAUGUGAAAGAACGAUCGCUAGUCAAAUCAAUUUCCGAAGCGUUCCAAAAGCAGAAGGAUCUCCACACAACUUUGAUUGGCCGGCUAAGCACUGUGGAACAGAUAUCGAGUCCUCAUAAGACUCUUCUUGUACAGUUUGAAGGGCUGUAUCAGAAAUUUGAACGCAAUGUGACCCUGCGCAUUAGGCACGCAGGCCUUGGGCUACUAGUAACAGUCGAUGGCUCAGAAAAGAGACAGUUGGACUUGAGACGAAUGGCAGAUGACAAGUUUGUUUGGCUUCCACGAUACCCCGGGGAUAUGCUACAAGGCAUUGAGCAAGAAGUAACCCUUUCCGAGCGAACCGUUCAGUUCGAGAUUGAUGGCUCCGAAGUAAUUGCGCUGAAAUGGCCUCUGAACCCCGAAUUCCCCCCAGAGAAUUCCCCCAAGACAACAGAAGCCCCCAAAGAACUCUACGGUUCCGAGCUAAUGCUUUUGCCCCCUGAGCUCCGCAACAUGAUCUGCAUCGAGGCACUCAAGACAUCAACCGGAAACAUUUGCAUGGUGCCCAACGGCCAGGGGUACGUUUUUGUCAGGGAUGAGAUGACACCAGACAACAUUGUCAGACCACUUAACCAGACCAAAAACACAAACAAGCAGUUGAAGCAACAGUCACGUGGCCUUGAGCUCACGGCAAAUGAUCUUUUCGCUGACGGGCGUCACUUUGACGAGUUCCUGCGUUCGAACGACGUUCAAUUGCAAGCCUGUAUCCGGAACUUAACUCUGAUGGGAGACUUCCUAUCCUUCGACAACCCCGAGGAGGCUGACUUACAGCGCAUCAUCAACUUCGCAAAUAACAAUAAGUCCGCUACAGUGCAUAUCCGCCUUUUCGGUAUGCAUUUCGAUGAUAAUCAGAGGAUCUUCACGUUCAUGGGCUUUAUCUACCUUAUCAAGAAAGUGAUACGUGGACAGGGUGCGGCGCUUUUCGGGAGUCUUGACAAACGCGCCAAGAAAUGGGGAAGGGUUGAGAGAAGUGGCACGAACAUGAACGUAUCCAACGUGAAGUUCUUUCCAAAGGACGCAGAUUUCGACGAGGAUACUUUCCGAAACAAACUGGAAGUCUGUAUCCGAGGGAACAGUAACACGUCCUACAUGUUACUGUCAAGACACAACGGCGACCCGGAGGCCAUAGUAGACUUCGUGAGGGAGUGUUACAAUGAUGGCAUCUAG